AUGGAUGCGCAUCUCUGCCCGUCCGUCAGCAUCACGGGAACAGAUGCUGGGGAACCGGGAAGAUCAAGCCUUGGGGAGGAGACAAGAGGAUGCUCACGCCCGGAACACGAGCUUUCUUCAGCUGCAGGGCUCGGCCGCUCGUGUUGUGUUUACGAAUCCAUGCCGCAAUUACGACGAAUGCCAGCGUCGCAUCCCUUCCUUGGAGCUAUCAAGCCUUCAAACUCACAUCUCUCCCUUGGCAUCCUUUUUCCUCUUCGAUUGGUGAGCAUGUCUCGGCGCAUUCGAGAAGCAGCGCCUCGCCCACAUUGCGCUGCAACAGGCCAACAGCUCUCAAUGAUCAUGGCCAAGUCAGGACAGAUUUCGCCUUGA